AUGUACAGACUUCCUGAGCCAGAAGUUGCAUUAGGUCGAAUAGUCAUGAAUGAACCUGUUGUCCAAAAAUGUGUGCAAUCUCUUCGGAACACAUUUAUGCUUCUGGCUUUCACAACUUCCUAUGCUGAUGGGUCCUUAUUCAUCAAGAAAGAAAACGCUGACAAGUUCUUGGAAAGAACAAAACGUGCUAACUCUUUUUUGGAGGAACUGAAGCAAGGGAAUAUUGAAAGAGAAUGCAAUGAGGAGCGCUGCUCAAAAGAGGAAGCAAGAGAAGCCUUUGAAGACCAGGAGAAAACUGAGGAAUUCUGGAACGUCUAUGUAGAUGGGAACCAGUGCAGCUCAAAUCCUUGUCACUAUGGUGGACAAUGUAAAGAUGGAAUUGGUUCCUACACUUGCUCAUGCUUGGAUGGUUAUCAAGGAAAGAACUGUGAAUUUGUCAUACCGAAGUACUGCAAAAUAAACAAUGGCAACUGUGAGCAGUUCUGCAGUGUCAAAAAAAGCGUACAGAAGGAUGUUUUGUGUUCCUGUGCAAAAGGGUAUGUUCUAGCAGAGGACGGCAAACACUGUGUUUCAACAGUAAAGUAUCCUUGUGGAAAAGUUCUUGUGAAAAGAAAAAAAAGGUCGGUUAUUUUACCCACUGAUAAUAGCAACGUAACUAGUGAUCAAGAUGGCCCUCCCAUAAAUGGAACAAGUUUGGAGGAGGACAUUGUUACUACCACAGAAAGUCCAACCGUCCGUCCUGGCAAUGAAACAAGUGGCAAGACUCCAUAUGUCGAUACCAGGAUAGUAGGUGGUGAUGAGUGUCGCCUUGGCGAAUGUCCAUGGCAGGCUGUUCUGUUAAAUGAGGCAGGGGAAGAGUUUUGUGGUGGAACUAUUUUGAAUGAAAAUUUUAUACUUACUGCAGCUCAUUGCAUGAAUCAAUCUAAAGAAAUCAAAGUUGUUGUUGGUGAAGUGGACAGAGAAAAGAAAGAACAGUCUGAAACGAUGCAUGAGGUGGACAAAAUACUUGUUCACACUAAAUACGUUGCUGAGACUUACGAUAAUGACAUAGCCUUAAUAAAGCUGAAGGAACCUAUAAUGUUUUCUGAGUACGUUAUCGCAGCAUGCCUCCCCGAAGCAGACUUUGCUAAUGAAGUUCUGAUGAACCAAAAAUCUGGGAUGGUUAGUGGCUUCGGGCGUGAAUUUGAAGGUGGACGACUAUCCAAAAAACUGAAAGUGCUUGAAGUCCCCUACGUUGAUAGGAACACUUGCAAGCAAUCCACUAACUUUGCAGUAACAGAAAACAUGUUCUGUGCUGGUUAUGAAACAGAGCAAAAAGAUGCUUGUCAAGGAGACAGUGGAGGUCCCCAUGUAACCAAGUAUAAGGAUACUUAUUUUGUUACUGGAAUUGUUAGCUGGGGAGAAGGAUGUGCAAGGAAAGGCAAAUAUGGUAUCUAUACCAAACUGUCCAGGUUCUUACGCUGGGUAAGAACAGCCAUGAGACAAAAUUUGUAG